AUGGAGCGCCUCGGCAUGCCGGCCGGGUUCGUGCGCAUCGCGCGGCUGCUGCGGACUGCCGGCAUGCACGCGCCGGCGCUUGUGAAUGGCUGUGUGUCCCAGGCAGCGGAGUUUGCAGCUGGCCUGCGCCAGGGCUGCGUGCUGGCCCAGGCAGAAUACCUCGUCGUCGGCCAGGCGCCAGCAGCGUGGCUCCAGGAGCACGGCGUCAGUAUUCG